UGCUCGUGGAAGGGAGGAGGAGGAGGAGGAGGAGGAGGAAUGUGGAAGGCGGCGGCGGCGCGCAGGCUGACAGGCGGUUCCUCGCGCGGGCUGCGGCGGAGGCGGCCCGAGCGCCUCUCCUCGGCCCAGGUUACGCUCCCCCUCCUUCCCGUGGUCCGGACCCGCGUGGAAUUGUGCGUCCUCCCGCCUGGUCCCUGAAGGGGAAAGGCAGCCGAGCAAGCAGCAGCGGCAGCGCCCCCAUCCCUCCUCUCCCACCCCCUGCCGCACCCGCCCCGGCGCGAGAGGAGAAGCGCGAGAAGAGCCGCGAGCGGGCAGGCGGUGCGGUGCGAGCGGGCGCCGAAGAUGGCAGAGGCGCCGGCCUCCCCGGCCCCGCUCUCUCCGCUCGAAGUGGAACUGGACCCGGAGUUCGAGCCCCAGAGCCGACCGCGUUCCUGUACUUGGCCCCUGCAGAGGCCGGAGCUCCAGGCGAGUCCUGCCAAGCCCCCGGGGGAUACGGCCACCGACUCCAUGAUCCCGGAGGAGGAGGACGAUGAAGACGACGAGGACGGCGGCGGCCGCGCUGUCUCAGCCAUGGCGAUCGGCGGCGUUGGCGUUGGUGGCGCCGGUGGCGUUAGCGUUGGCGGCACGCUGGGCUCCGGGCUGCUCCUGGAUGAUUCGGCCCGGCUGCUGGCUCCCGGAGGGCAGGACCUCGGGCCGGGGCCAGCCCCGGCGGCGGGCGCGCUGGGCGGCGGGACGCAGACUCCUUCGCUGCAGCCGCAGCAGCCGCUGGCACCACCGCAGUCGGGGGCGGCCGGGGGCUCGGGGCAGCCGAGGAAAUGCUCGUCGCGGCGGAACGCCUGGGGGAACCUAUCGUAUGCCGACCUGAUCACUCGCGCCAUCGAGAGCUCCCCGGACAAGCGGCUCACUCUGUCCCAGAUCUACGAGUGGAUGGUGCGCUGCGUGCCCUACUUCAAGGAUAAGGGCGACAGCAACAGCUCUGCUGGCUGGAAGAACUCCAUCCGACACAAUCUGUCGCUGCACAGCCGGUUCAUGCGGGUACAGAAUGAGGGAACUGGCAAGAGCUCGUGGUGGAUCAUCAACCCGGACGGGGGCAAAAGCGGGAAGGCACCCCGGCGGCGGGCAGUCUCCAUGGACAACAGCAACAAGUACACCAAGAGCCGAGGCCGUGCCGCCAAGAAGAAGGCGGCCCUCCAGGCAGCACCUGAGGCAGCUGAUGACAGCCCCUCCCAGCUGCCCAAGUGGCCUGGCAGCCCCACGUCACGCAGCAGCGACGAGCUGGAUGCCUGGACGGACUUCCGCUCACGCACCAAUUCCAACGCCAGCACUGUCAGCGGCCGCCUGUCGCCCAUCCUGGCAAGUGCAGAGCUGGACGACGUCCAGGACGACGACGCACCGCUCUCCCCCAUGCUGUACAGCAGCUCGGCCAGCCUGUCACCCUCAGUGAGCAAGCCGUGCACCGUGGAGCUGCCGCGGCUCACUGACAUGAACCUGAACGAUGGGCUGGCCGACAACCUCAUGGAUGACUUGUUGGAUAAUAUCACGCUCCCGGCAUCCCAGGCGUCACCCCCUGGGGCGCUCAUGCAACGGAGCUCCAGCUUCCCAUACACCGCCAAGAGCUCCGGCCUCAGCUCUCCAACCAGCUCCUUCAACAGCACGGUGUUCGGGCCUUCGUCUCUCAACUCCCUGCGCCAGUCGCCCAUGCAGACCAUCCAAGAGAACAAGCCCACCACCUUCUCUUCCGUGUCGCACUACAGCAACCAGACACUCCAAGAUCUACUCACUUCAGACUCGCUGAGCCACAGCGAUGUCAUGAUGACCCAGUCAGACCCCUUGAUGUCCCAGGCCAGCACCGCCGUGUCCGCUCAGAACUCCCGCCGGAACGUGAUGCUGCGCAAUGAUCCGAUGAUGUCCUUCGCUGCCCAGCCUAGCCAGGGGAGUUUGGCCAAUCAGAACUUGCUCCACCACCAGCACCAAAGCCAGGGGGCUCUCGGUGGCAGCCGUGCCUUGUCGAAUCCCAUCAGUAGCAUGGGCUUGAGUGACUCCGGCAGCCUCGGGUCAGCCAAACACCAGCACCAGUCUCCCGCCAGCCAGUCUAUGCAAACCCUCUCGGACUCUCUCUCAGGCUCCUCCCCAUACUCAGCGUGCGCCACCCUGCCCGUCAUGGGCCACGAGAAGUUCCCCAGCGACCUGGACUUGGACAUGUUCAAUGGGAGCUUGGAAUGUGACAUGGAAUCCAUCAUCCGCAGUGAACUCAUGGAUGCGGACGGGUUGGAUUUUAACUUUGAUUCCCUCAUCUCCACGCAGAACGUGGUUGGUUUGAACGUGGGGAGCUUCACUGGUGCUAAGCAGGCCUCAUCUCAGAGCUGGGUGCCAGGCUGAAGGACCACUGAGGAAAGGGGAAGUGGGCAAAGCAGACCCUCAAACUGACACAAGAUCUACAGAGAAAACCCUUUGCCAAAUCUGCUCUCAGCAAGUGGACAGUGAUACCGUUUACAGCUUGACACCUUCGUGACUCCCGCGCCAUUUUCCUAACCCAGCAGAGACUGUUAACGGGCCUGACCCUGGGUGAAGCACUUGCCCUCGGAAUGGAACUCUAUGAAGUAUGCAAAACCUUCCUUGGAUGGGGGCGGGGUACGAACCAACCACCUGCCAGUGAGGACAGCACCCGCCAGCACCGCCUACCCUCCUUCUGAGCACACCCACUUGAGCUCCUGGUGGUGACUGACUCUCACGAUGGUUUUCUGGGAUGUUUUAAGUGUUGUGUUUGUUUUCUUUUGACUCUCUGAGUUUUUUUUUUCCACACGCACUAAC